AUGAACCUUUGCCUCAAGUGCUCUGUGGUGGAAAUUACAGUCGUUAUCCGAUGUCAGAGAUCAGAGUUUAGGGCUCAGGUCGGCACGGCUGUACUCACAGACUUUUCUAAUCCAUCAAGGGGGAAGAGCAGACGAGCAUUUCGCCGGAUACACCCAUUAAGCGAAGCCGACCUGUCAUGGCCCGCGGGUCUGAUUCCCGAGUCCAAGCGCCCCGAGGCCUGGAAGAAGGAAAGCACCAAAUGCGACAUUUUGCAACUUGGAGAGUUGCCAAAGAACAUUCAUGAAUCAACUCACCGAAUGCUAAACGGCACUCGGAUCGGGCCGUGUCUGUCCACGCACAACCCUUUCCCAUUUGCCCGAUGGACCGACUCCUACGCCGCCAGUGACGCCCAGACCAUCCUCGCAGAGAGCUGCGACGGAAGAACCCAUCACAACAUGGUCGAGAAAUGGCAUCCGCUCCACACCUCUCAGUACAUCUGGAUCAAAUCCAUCUUCCAUAAUAACCUGUUGCGGUAUCCAGGCGAUGACAUCGAGGUGGUGAACCACAUCGAGAGUCGCGCCCCGUUUCUCGACCACCAUAUUACGGAGUAUGCGAACUCGCUUCCCCCGAGCCUAUAACUCAAUUACGAUCCAGAAAUGAAGACGUUCCGCGAGAAACACAUUCUGCGGGAGGCCAUGAAGCCGUUCAUAAUGGAGGAGAUAUACAACCGCGAGAAGCACCCGUAUCUGAG